AUCUCUUCUUCUCCUUCGCUCCCUUUCAUGCUGCUCCGCUCCGUCCCUCUGCGCAAGCAAAAAUGGCGAACGAGGAGUCGAAAACGAACACGAAACCCUCGGAUUCCAUUGAUCCAUACAAGAUCCUGAGGAUAGUUCCAAACCCAGAUGGCUCGCUCACCAGGCACACCCCAAUGCCCUCUGUCCCUCCAACACCCAAUCCCACCACCGCCCCCGCCCAACUGAUAUCCCUCUCCAAAGACCUCCCUCUCAACCCCUCCGCCGCCACCUUCCUCCGCCUCUUCCGCCCCCUCCACCCCCCUCCAUCCUCCAAACUCCCGCUCCUCCUCUACUUCCACGGCGGCGGCUUCGUCCUCUUCAGCGCCUCCACCCAGCCCUUCCACGAUUCCUGCUCCUCCAUCGCCGCCCAAACCCCCGCCCUUGUCCUCUCCAUCGAGUACCGCCUCGCCCCCGAGCACCGCCUCCCCGCCGCCUACUGCGACGCCCUCGAUGCUCUCCACUGGCUCCGCACCCAAGCCCUCGCCCCAGACCUCUCCGACGAAUGGCUCCAAAACCACGCCGAUUUUUCAAGGUGCUUCCUGAUGGGCAGCAGCUCCGGAGGGAACAUCGUCUACAACGCGGCCCAACGCGCUCUCGAUCUCGAACUCUCUCCGGUGAAGAUCCAAGGGCUGAUAAUGAACCAGCCCUUCUUCGGCGGGGUUCGCCGGACGGAAUCGGAGAUAAAAUUCAUUGACGACAAGAUCGUGCCGUUGGCGGCCAGCGAUCUGCUGUGGUCGCUCGCAUUGCCCAGCGAUGCGGACCGCGAUCACGAGUACUGCAAUCCGAUGGCUGUAAGCGACGAUGGGAAGAUCGGACGGCUGCCGAGGUGCAUGGUGAAGUCGUUCGGCGGGGACCCGCUGGUGGAUCGGCAGAAGGAGUUCGCGAAGAUGUUGGAGGCACGCGGAGUGCAGGUGGACUUCCAGUUCGACGAGGACGGAUUCCAUGGGGUCGAGGUCUUUGAUCCGUCGAAGGCUCAGGCCCUAUAUGAUGCCGUGAAGGCUUUCGUUAAUUCCGGCCCGUCAGAUGAGAGUGUUAUCUUCUCAUCGGAGGGGCCUAAGUCAACGAUGUGAUGACCUUGAUCUUGUUGUUGGGCGUGUGUUUUAACUGCUUUUACUGUGUGAAGCUGGGUUGAAGUGCUAGUAGGUAAGUAUUGUAUUUAUAGGAUGAGCAGAGCAUAAAAUGGAAAAGACAAAAACGCCCCGUGUAUUUAAGUUUUAUGAUAUCUGGCAUGGGUUUAUAAUUGAGUUUAAAUUUAAGUUUA